AUUAAUUUUUCAUUUAGAUUCACACCUUUAAAUAUUCGCAUAUCAUUAAGUAACCCUCUGUAUAAAUUAGCGCAUAUUGUUGCUUAUUAGUGCCGUUUCAGAUGGAACGUAUGGUCAGAGCAGAUCAUCAGGACAGACGAGCAAGUACCAUUGGUUUAGUAUGAGCAUUUCACAUGAAGCGCGUAUGAUCAGUACGUAUGAUCUCGUACGUCGGCCAUACGCCGAGCCCGUGCGUUAACGUAGCAUCAGCGCGCGCACGAGCAAUAGCUUUAAUGAGCGAUUUCACAAAGGACUGACGGUCAGUUGCGUACCAGCAAGCGUGGUUGCAGUUGCUUGUCUAUGCACGUUUUUUGAGGUUACUUGUAAUAAAAUUUAACAAUGAAUCAUUUAAAAAUCGACACUGAACUCUUAAUUAGUGCGAUUGAAUCCAAAAAUUGCAUAUGGGACAUUGCCUGCGACGAAUAUAAGAAUAGAGAUAUUAAAAAUGCAGCAUUUAUGGAGGUAGCCGCUGUUGUUGUACACGAAUUUGAUAGGUUAAGUGAAAAAGAAAAACAUGAAACAGUGUUACUAAUAACAGACACAAGAUUCGACGCUGAUGAAGCAGGUCAAGAAAACCAAAAUAACCAGGUUGUCGAUUUAUCGGAAUCUGAUGCAGAUGUUGAUGUUGAAGGUUCGAUCAAGGAGUCACAGUUAAGGCAGAAUUUUACCAGAACAAAACGCAAGAAAAUUGACACUUUAGAUAAUAAACUAAUAGCAUUUCUCGAGGAAGCUACAAAAAGUGACCAAGACGAUCACAAAGCAUUUUUAACAUCUCUUUUGCCAACCCUAUAAACUUUUAAUGAAGCACAAACACUAAAGUUUAGAUCUGAAGUGCUUCGUAUAAUAAUGGAAAUCAAAAAUAUUGAACGACAUUCUGUCGUAACUCAUCAAGUACAAUCUGUAUCAACCCAAAAUGUUUCUUCACAGAUACAGCAAUUUAAUGUAGACAAUUCCAACAAUUGGUCAUCAAGACCAUCAACAUCGUAUAGUUAUCACUCAUCAUAUCAUAUUUUUUUACCUUCACCCAGUUGUAGUGAUACAAACUACCGUCCAACUUUAUUAGAACUGCCUGCGACACAAUUAGAUGACCAGACGCACUAACAUCGCUAUUCAAUGCUUAUUAUAUUGCAUAAUUCUAUAUAUCUUUCAAGAAAUCUGAAUUAGUUUCAUUAAGCAAUCUUUGUUCUUUA